AUGAGCACAGUAAGGACGGGCGGGGUUUGUGUGAAGACUGAAGCUAAGACUAAUGGACCUCGCACAGGACUUGAGGAUGUGCACCGGUUUACGCUUAGCGUUGAGGAAACGCAGCGGGCAGAGGAGCGGAGGCGUGUAGAGGCGAGUAAAAGACUUUUACUAUCAACUGACGGUGGCUUAAUUCCGAAUUCGUGCGGCGGUCCUUCAUCUCAGGAGCGGAGUCGGUUCGGGUCCUCUAUAGCGGAGGCUCUCCGUCUUCGUAGUGAAACACGGGAGAGGGUGCUACUACAACGCAUUCUGAGGCAGCGGCGAGAAGAGGAGGGCAAUGAAGAGUUGGCGGAGAAGGAUAUGGAGGUUGGUGUAUUUAUCACUCCGCAGUACCUUAGUGCUCUCAAGCGUCAGAGAAGUACGCGAGCGACAUCCCCCGGAGGUCUUGCAAAGCAAACAGAAAACACGGAGGAUAUGGACCCACUGGAGUUGUAUGUGCAAGAGUUGGAGGAAAGACGUCGGGUGGUGGGAAAAAAAGAUCAUGACUCGUCUGAUGUUGGCACCAACAGGAACGAUGGGGGUAGGGACCAAGAUAUGGGGCUGAGAGUGCACUCGGCACAGGUUGUUUCAGGAAAUAAGCAACCGGAACAUGUGGAACGAAGUGGUGUGACGGGCAUUCCUUGCGGCCACGAUGUUGUCUAUUCUGUGAAAGCAAGUAGUGGCGCGUGGGUCCCCACUGGUACUAACGGCGCUGUAAUUGAUGUUUCCGGCGCGGCCGCACCAGCAUCUCCGAGUCCGACGGCGAACUCCGCGACCCCCCAGGAGGCGCUGCAGGAGGUUAGAUGGAGACGGCAAAAGCCGCGUGCGGACCGUUCGUUUAUAGAGUCCGCAGCCACACGGUUUAAUAGACGAUCUAUGGACCGUUUUGUGUAA